AAAAGAAAAAGAAAAAAAAAAAAAAAGGUAAGAAAGAAAAAAAGAAAAUAUGUGAUGGGUAUUGUUGAAGGUGAAUGCACUACAUUUCGCUGAGAAGAAAAUUCCCCGAAAGAAGAGGUUGUGAACAUUGAUCAACGACGGCAAUGAGGACGAGGACGAGGACGAGGACGAGGAAGAGGACGUGGAAGAGAGGGCCGGCAACCCUCGCAGUACAGGUAUCGUCGCGUUGCUGUGUACACGUAUCGCCAUUGGAAGGCUCCUCUCUUCUAUCGUUCUAACUGAUAUCCUCGAGAAUCGAUAUAGUCGCGAGACUAUAUGUUGUGAGAAAGAGAGAGAGAGAGAGAGAAAGAGAGAGAGUUCGCGCGCGCGCGCAAGUACACAUGUGGAAGAUAUUAAAGAGAAUUAUUUUAUAACGUUCAUUCAUAACAUCUUCUUUACUCGAUUAAUCAUUAUAUAAUUCUUAGUUCGUUUUUAAUUUAUUCGGUUAUUUAUUUGUUCGUUCGGUUUCCCCCUUCCCCCUUUUUUUGUUCUUUUUGGAUUAUUAUUUAUCUCGUUCAUCCAUUGAUUCGUUCGUAUUAUUCGCCCGAGUUUAUCCACGAAAGUAAGAAAUUGAUCCUUGGCGACUCGAAGUUGAUUCUUGUUUCUCUGUUUUAUUUUGAUUUUUAAUUUUUCUCUUUCUAUUCUCCCUUCUUCUUCUUCUUCUUUUUUUUUUUCUUUUCCUUCUUCUUCUUUUUUAUUUUAAUUGAAAAUCCUCGAUAUCGUUUGUCAUCAUGCCAGAAACAAAGGAUCUGAGAAAUGUGAACGAAGAGGAGAUUCGAAGGUUCCUCGACUCCUUCGAUAUCGUCUUAUCGGAUUGCGAUGGUGUCCUCUGGCACAUCGAUUCGCCCAUCGAAAAUAGUAUUGAAGCUUUAACAAAAUUACAAAGUUUCGGAAAGAAGAUUUUCCUCGUGACGAACAAUGCAACGGCUGGUACGAGAAAGAUUUGUGAAAGACUUCUGGUUAAUGGUCUCGAAGCUAAAGAUGAGCAAGUAAUUAUUCCGUCGAAAGUUAUAGCGUGGUACUUGAAGAAAAUUAAUUUUCAAGGUCAAGCCUUUACCAUCGCUAUGGAACCCUUUCGAAAGGUUCUGAUGGAAGCCGGUAUCGAGUUGUUGGAUGAGAAAGAACCAAAUGUUUAUCCAAACAACGUCCCGGCAACCCUCAAUGCUGUCCAAGAUCGACAAUCAGUGAAAGCUGUGAUCACUGAUUUCGAUGUCAAUUGUAAUUGGGCCAAAUUGACCUUCGCCAUUUCUUGUUUAAAACGUAAAGACGUAUUGUAUGUUACUGGUGCUCUUGACAAAUGGGUAUCUUGCAGCAAUGGUAGCCUGAUAUUAGGACCAGGUCCAUUGAUCGACAUAAUCACCGAAGGUAGCGGUAGAACGCCAAUUUCCUGUGGAAAACCUAGCGACACAUUAAGAAAUUAUAUUUUCGAAUUUUGCAACGUUAUCAAUCCAAAACGAUGUUUAUUCAUCGGCGAUACAGUAAAUUAUGAUAUGAAAUUUGGUGCCUUGUGCGGCUUUCAAAAAUUCUUCGUCAGCACCGGCUGUGAUAGUUUCGAGGAAUCACAAAAAAAUGAAGAUACAUGUCCCGAAUAUUAUCUACCAAAUUUCGGCCAAUUGCUGUCCAUCCUUGAUGAUGUGGCUUAAAAUAGAAAUAGAAAGAUACAUAAGCGGUAUUAUAUCUCCUAAUAGAGCAAUGCGUUCUACUAUUUUCUUUGUUUUUUCUCUCUGUUUGUUUGUUUGUUUUUUUUUUUUUUUGUAUGUUCUUUUUUAUUUUUUUCUUCUCCUUUUCUUCUUUUUUCUUCUUCGAGACUCGAUACGGAUGGAUCUCAAAUAUGUAUUUCAUUUCUUAAUGUUAAUAAAAUAAUUAUAUCGUUUAAGCACAAUUAAUUUCAACGGGGACAAUAUGUAAUAAUAAUAAUAAUAAUAAUAAUAAUAAUAAU